GAUACACUGACCAUAGUUAGAGAAUGCUUUCCACAUGAAUACGAGAACACAUUCCAGCACGGUUUCAGAAGGGAGGAAGGAAGGGCGUGGAACACUUGAUCGACGUAUGUCACCCUACCGACACUUACCAUGAUUUUAAGAGCAUUUAUCGACUUCAUGUUAACCUACCGCGUUUUCUUCCUUCUAAACUUCUAAAGACGGCUGAGGCCUUGGAAGUUCGUGAAUUUAAAGCUAACCUUUAUGGACAAAAGAAGUAUAUACAGUCCUUAUUUCUACCUUGGCUGUAAAGGGGUAAACAUUUAUUUAUUCUUCGUUCUGUUUAUUAUGUCUAUGUGUCUUUCCCUUAUUAUCACAAUUGAUAUUAUUAUCCUAUCUUUGGACAGUUUAAUGUAUUAUUUCACGUGCCCCAUUCAAAGCUUAAACCAAUAAGUUUUUCGCAAUGUUGAAAUCUAUCCUGUCGAACUUCUCACCAUGUUACGUGAUGUCUUCAUCGCCUAUUAAUUCUACACUCCUUUCUUACACUACAUGAAUUAUUUUAUGUGUCGCAUCAUUUGUUUCAUCGCUUGAUAUUGAAAUAUGAUAUAGCCACAAACAUUUUUGUUACAUGAUUUCAUCAUGAGCUGAAAUCAGUUAGAGAACCAUUGGAAAACCACCAGGGAGUACUGCGCAGCUGUUUCGUUCUAGUUUGGGACGCCUCAGAAGUACGCGCCAACCGGGGUGUGAACCCAGAAGCUUGCGGACACAAGAAGAGCUCAUAGAACGCAUGGGCUAUUGGGUGGGAUUCCAGUAGCUUAGUGGUCUAGGAGCUCGCCUCGUAACCGGAAGGUCCCGGGUUCACAACCUGGUUGAUGCGUACUGAUGAGGCGACCCAAACUAGAACGAAACAGCUGUCCAGUACUCCCAGGUUUUCCAGUGGUUCUCUAACUGAUGUCAGCUCAUGAUGAAAUCCUCCAACCAAUUACUAAGUUGUUGAGAAAAACACAAUACCCAGGCAUAAUGUUAUCAAAUAAAUUUUUUCUCUUGCCACAACAAAUUGCCUAGACAUUUUUUUGAUUUUGUUGUUUACUUCACUUAUGUUGUUUUUCAUUUUAUUUCAUCAUAACACUUUUCUUUUGAAAAAAUUCAUAAGAUCUUCCUUGGGAAGUACCAUUUGAAUCAGUGACCGAUUUAGUAUGGAUUGGUUCUGGUGCACAAGGUGUAGUUUUCCGUGGCUAUUUUCGUGGUGAAUUAAUUGCUGUGAAAAAAGUGAAUAAACCAUCAGAUACAGAUAUUCGUCAUCUACGAUAUUUAAAUCAUCCGAAUGUAAUUAAAUUUAGAGGCGUUUGCGUAGAACAACCAUGUUAUUGUAUACUUAUGGAGUAUUGUCCAUAUGGUCAGCUGUAUGAAUUAAUUCAUUCAGGCAAUCCUAUAUCACCAACCUUAAUAUAUGCAUGGAUUAAACAAAUUGCUGAUGGUAUGCAUUAUUUACAUUCUUGUAAAAUUAUUCAUCGUGAUCUAAAGUCUCCAAACGUUUUAGUUGGUUAUGAUCAUGUCUUGAAAAUAUCUGAUUUCGGUGCAUCUCGUGAAUGGACAGAAAAUUCUACUAAGAUGUCUUUUACAGGUACAGUAGCUUGGAUGGCACCUGAAAUAAUACGUAAUGAACCGUGCUCAUUCAAAGUUGAUGUAUGGUCUUAUGGUGUACUUUUAUGGGAAUUAUUAACCGGUGAAGUACCCUAUCAUAAUGUUGAUUCAACCGCUAUUUUAUGGGGAGUUGGUAGUGAACAUCUCCGAUUACCAGUUCCGAUGACAUGUCCUACUGAAUUACGCGUACUUAUGAAAACAUGCUGGAAUGUUAAACCUGGGAAUCGUCCUAGUUUUCGUCAAAUUCUUUCACACUUAAAUGUCACUUGUUCAAGUCUACUACAGUAUACAGAUGAUGAGUUUAAUUCCCUACGUCAGUUAUGGAAAGAAGAAAUCGCUAUCUACCUAGAAGAUAUUCGACUUGAAGGCCAAUGCACUCCUAAACUCGAAUUAAUGUUAAUUCGUCGUCGACGUGAAGAGCUAUGCCACGCACAAGAUAUACGUCGUUGUUAUGAUGAUAAACGUGAGAGAGCUAAUGAAUUAUGUAUGGAAUUACAAACAUUGUUAAUUGAAUGUGAAGAAGAGAAAAGAAAAGCGGAAAGAGAACGUCUUUAUUAUGAAACUUUAAUUCGGGAAUUGAAUAUUAGUCAACAAGAGCAGCAACAAAAACACCAAGAAGUCCAACGAAGUCAUUUUGAUGUGCAAAAAGAUGGAGGUGGAAUUGUUAAUGAAAGAGGCGGGAUAUUGAAAUUUGCUGAUCUUGAUAAUAAUAAUAAUAAUGAUGCUAAUGUUAAUCGUAAACAAUUUCCGUUCUCCACUCUGUCCACCUUUUCACUAGGACGUAAAUUCAACGAGUUUUACUCCCGUUAUCGAAAUAGUAGUACUUUAAAAUGUGUUAAACCUACAGCACAAUCUUUAUCCUUACCAGUUAACGACAAUACAAACGGAUUUUUACUCACUCCUAAUAUUACUAAUAAUAGUAGGGAUACUACGAAUAUGGCAAGAAAUCUAAGCAAUAGAAGUAUUGUCGGUAGUAUGGAAUUGUUAAGAAAUCCCUACACUUUAUCAAAUAUAUACCAAAGUAAUAUGAUUAAAAAUUAUCCUAAUAAAUCAUUUAACAUUGAACAACUAAUUAAAAAGAAUAAGAAAAAGAAUUAUCAGCGUGCAUUAUACAACAAUGACGCUUUCAAUGUUCUUUUCAGUAAUAAUACAUCUGUCUGUCCAUUCUGUGGUAAUGUAUAUUCCAACUUGGAUCACUUGAACACCACUUUGUAUUAUAAUCAGCGUAGAGCAUUUACACUUUCUAUGUUAGAAUAUGAAUUUUUGAAAACGAAGAAGAAAUUGGACCUAGAUGGAACGACGACAACAACAACAACAUUCUCACCAUUCAUUGUUGAUGAUGCUUUGAAGGGUUUGCAGUUAUCUAGUUCAUUGAUUUACAGUACAAGAAAACAGUUCGCAAGUACUAAUAGUAUACACUUCCUUGUUCCUCCUCCACCUGCCUAUGAGACCAUAAUGAAAAGUCCCAAUAUGUAUAAAUGUCAUCAAUAUGCAUCACAAAUACCUCCACCAGCAACGUUAUCAUCGUCGUCAUCAGCAACAAUUACUAAUAGUACUUCGAAUACAACUCAUGCAUGCUUGAUUAAUGAACGAGAUUAUGGUGAUUACAAAUCCAUUAGAUAUAAUAAACGUUAUCGGCAAACCAAUUUGACGGCUAACCGUAUUCAUACAGUCACUUCAUCAUCAUUAUCAAUGUCAGUGUCACCGGUAAUGUCAGUAAAUUAUCGAAUUAAAACUGCUACAACAACAACAACAAAUACUUCUACUACUGAUGCAAUGAUGACAACCACUGCCACUUGUGUUAAUAAAAAUACUAAUACCUCACUUUCAAUAAGUAAUAAUAAGAUUCAUUCUAGUGUCAUUUUAAAUCCAUUAAUUAAUUUCUUACCUGUUAAUGAUGAUGCACAAUCAAAAAAUCAGAAAAAAUAUAAACAUUUAUCUGUUGUAUCGCCAUCACCAUCUACCCUUUCAUCGAAUUAUUCACCAGUUUAUACAGUUAAGAUGAAUAAACGGAAAUUUGAUGAUACUAAUGAUUUAUUGAAUCCAAAUUCUAAAAUGUCAACACGUGAUGGUAUAAAAUUAUCAAAAUUACAACAACCAGUGCAUAAUCAGGAUGAUAACUGUAAUAUUAACAACGUGAAAUUAAAUCAUUAUAAUUUCAACUAUCCAUUACAAUAUUCAUUUAGUCAAGAUUCAUUAUUAUUCUACAAUCUAAAGAAAUCACAAUUUGCCUACAACACUGAAAAUGAACACUAUUCAGGAUUAAAACGUGAAGUUUUUCAUCAUCUUAAUAAAGCUUCCUCAUGUAUAUCAAUUAGAUCAUCCAUUACUCCACAUACUGAUAUAUUUAACUAUUACAACAAAUCAUCAUCUGAUUAUGUAUCAUCACCUCAGCUAUCAUCUUCAUCAAUGUGUGAUCUGAGAAACGUUCACUUCACCUGGGAAGAUUUAUGUAGUUAUCAUAUUACUAGUAGUAAUAAUAACAAGUAUCCUGCAAGUCAAUCCGAAAUAAGUGGAUUCAGUCAAAAAACAGUGAUUCAAAAUAUACCCACUUCAUCAUCAUCUGAUCAUGAUAGUCAAGCUUCAAAAGUCAAUAAUUUUCUCAAUGAAAGCUGUAGUAACACACAACAGCGGACUGUACAAGAUGGAAAUUUAAAUGAUGAAGAGGACAAAAAUGAUAUUGAAAUAAUUACCAGUGAAAAUUUCCCCUUUUUAGAACAUGUCAGUCCAUUAUGGUCACCGAGUAAAUGUUGUUUACCCCAACAUCCAAAUCCUAACCAAACGGUUAGGAAGCCAAAAAUCACUGAAGCUCAACAUGAUUCUGUGUUUUCUCCAAAGUAUUCCAAAUCGAUUCCAAGUAUACCUCGUAGAGCGAUCUGUAAUAAAAGUGCCUGUAGUACUAACAACAAUGACAAUACCAGCAAUAAUUGUCAUGAAAGUGUCGAUGUGAAUCAAAAUCUUUACAUACCAUCAUCUUCAUCAGUAUCACCGUCACCACUAUCCUUUACACCUAACAAUCGAUUAUUUAAUGAUGAUGAAAAUGAAGAACGAGGCAAUGAGAAAAUCCAGUUAAGAAAAUAUCCUGGUCGACGUCAGCUUAUUUCACGUCAAUCCUACUUGAAGAAUUCCACUAUGACUAAUCAUCACACAUAUCGUCAUCAUUCAAGAAUUUAUUCUUCGUCACAACCUAGAAGAAAUAGUUGUUGCAGCGGUAAUAGUCAUCAUCAAUUAGAUAUGACUACAAAUUAUCGAUCAACAUCUUUCUCAGCUUCUUCAUCACCUAUUUCAUCUACUGGAACACGUACAUACAUGAGUAUUGAAAAUUUAGCUCAUGAAUUACAAGCGCAUAUGAUUGAUAGUUUAAGUGAUAAAGAAUACCAUGUACGACGUGUACGUAGUCGAUUGAGAAAUCAACAGCACCUGCAACAACCAGUGAACUUAACAAUAGAUUAUACCCCUGUUUCUACUACUGCUGAUGCUACAUCACCUCUUCCAUAUUCACCGUAUUCAAUCUGUGGAAGUAAUAUUGAAUCAAUGAUGCCAAGAAGAGAAAGUCGAAUAGUUCAACAAACAUCAAAUUCUUUACAUCUACCUAAUGAAGAUAAGCAUUCGCUGCCUAGACAUAGAUCUAUUGGACACAAUAAUAAUAAUAAUAAUUUUAAUAAUAAUAAUGCGAAUUCACAUUUGUGUACACCAAAUUCAAUGGUAUUGAUUACAUCAACAUGUACUACUAUAUCAAGUAUAACAGAAGCUGAAGUUGAUUUAAGUGAUGAUGGACCAUCACUAUCAACAGAGGCUACAUUCAACGAAGAUCAAGAUGACUACCCUGCCUGGUUGUUCGAUGAUGAUGUGGAUACUGAUAAUGUACCUAUGAGUUCUUCAAAUUUAGCUGGACAAUGAAAAAGAAGAAAAGCAAUAAAAACAAUCGGUAAUAGUAAUAGUGGUAGCAGCAGCAACAACAACAACAACAACAACAAUAGCUGAAAGAGCAACAGACGACUGAUGAUAUAAAGAAUAACAAUAAUUAAUAAUUAUCAUCAUAAUAGGCGAAAUCACCUAUUCAUAUUGGCAAUCAUAAAAUUUGAACCCGGUUUAAAACAUUUAAUAAUAAAUACUUCUUUUCACCCCCUCGCCCAGCCCCCAUUAUCUUUUCAUAUAUUAACAUAAUUAGAUUGAAUACUGUGGACUAUGUUCAUUCAUUCAUACUGCUGCUGCCUCUUUCUCUUUACUCUUUCAUCUCUGUAGCACAAUAAUAUCGUCUUAUGUGGGAUUAUUUUGACAAAUGUAUACAUAACUUAUAAAUCAAGUUAAUUUGUCAUUCACAUCCAUUUUGAGGUUGUUUUACUAUAUUCUAUUUUUCGUAAACUUUCAUCUGCCCUUUUUUUUAAAGAAAAAAUACCUACAAUAUUACGCACAUGGAUAUUGAUCAGUGUAUUGAAAGAAACUUUUCCAGUUGUUUGACAGAUGUAUCUGUUUCUUUGUUUCAUUGUUUCUUUCUAAAAUGAACAUCUUCCAGCCAUCAUCAUCAUCAUGUAUAGUCGUAAUUAUUACUACCACUCACCUGAUUUUAUCUUAUAUACCUAUACAUUACAUAUAUAUAUGUAUAUGUAUAUUUAUAAUUUUGAAUAAUAUUUUAUUAUUUUGAAAACUUUUACGUAUUUUACUUUUGUCUUUUAAUGUAGAAAACGCGCACAUGACUACUAUUAUUAUUACUAUUAUUAUUUGAUUAAUCUAUCCCUAUUGUCAUUACGUCAUCAUAACUUAUAUUACUACUAUUAUCAUUAUAUGUAUACAGUUUUUAUUCCUCA